AUGACACCGCACCAAGCGACGCAGCACAUUGUCCUCGUCGGGGCCUGCUACCUUGACACGAUACUCAGGCAAGGGACCUCCGUGCCCCGAUACCCGCGGGAAGACGAGAAGCUGCGCGCCACGGAGCUGCAGGUCCGUCACGGUGGCAACUGUCCCAACUCCCUGCAGGUGCUGCGGCAGCUCCUCGCGGCCGAGGGCGCUCUCGCCAGCCGGCCGGCGAGCGAGACGCAGCUGCACCUCGUCUCGCUGCUGCCGCAGCGCGACAGCCCCGCGACGGAGCAGAUCCUCGCGUCGUUCGGCCGGGGCCCGUCGCCUCCCGUGGACUUUGACCACUGUCUGUUCCGCGCGGGCCACAUGGCGCCGGCGAGCUGCUACGUGCUCCGCAGCGCCGCGACGGGCAGCCGCACUAUUGUCAACAGCAACAAGCUGCCGGACAUGACGGUGCGCGAGUUCGCGGCCAUCGUCACGGCCAUGACGGGGCGCGCGGGCACGGGGCGAGACGCGGGCCGCUGGUGGUGGCAUUUCGAGGGACGCGAACCGGCAACGACGCUCGCGUGCAUGCGCGUGCUGCGGCGCGAGCUCGGCGAGUCUGUCCUGAUCAGCGUCGAGGUUGAGAAGCCGGGCCGCGAGGGCUUGCGCGCCCUGGCGGCUGAGGCAGAUGUGGCCUUCUUUUCCAAGAGCUGGGCUGAGGAUUGCGGAUACACAUCGUCUGAGGCGUGCUUGCUCGGGGAGAGGCCGGCUCGUGCUACUGUCGGUGCUGGAGACACCUUUAUCGCAUGCGUCCUGUAUGGCCUGGCUCAUCGGUGCGACUGGCUGAACAGGGAGGCGGUGCUGGGCUUCGCGGUGGACACGGCCACCCUCAAAGUGCAGCGAGAGGGAUUCGAUGGACUCGCCACUGAUGCACUAGCCAACAGCAAGCACCAGCUCCAUCCAGAGAGUUCAAGGUGA